AUGGCCGUGGUUCUCAGUGCUCAUCCGCAGGUCACGGCGACGCUGGUUCUUCUCCUGUCUGUGCGCAGGUUGGGCGCUGGGGGGCCAAUGGAUGGGAGUCAUUGGCUCAGCAUGCGGGAGGUUUUAAACCAUCUCAGUCAGAAAGGACAUGAAAUAGUCGUCGUUGCACCAGAGAUAAAUUUACACAUAAAGCCAAUGAAGAAUUUUGUCAUGAAAAUGUACCCAGUCCCUUUCACACAGGAAGACAUGGAUGGAAACUUCCAGGGAUUCUCAGAGGAUAUAUUUGUAGAAGGUUCUUUUGUGGAAAGAGUUGUUACAUUUUAUGAGCGGCAAAAAAAAACUUCUGCCAUGUUCCUGUCUACAUGUCAACAUUUACUGUUCAACAAAGAGCUUCUAAGAUAUCUUGAGGAGAGCAAGUGUGAUGCCGUCAUUACAGACCCUUUUCUACCCUGUGGGCAGAUCCUGGCUGAACAUCUGUCAGUCCCUUCCGUGUUCUUUUUGCGAGGCAUACCGUGUGGUUUAGAAUUUGAAGCCACUCAAUGUCCCAAUCCCCCUUCUUAUGUCCCCAGGACAUUCACAGGACUGGUAGACCACAUGAACUUUCUCCAGCGCGUGAAGAAUCUAAUCUUUGACAUCCCAAAUUAUUUUCUCUGUGAUUUUCUCUUUCAACCAUAUGCAAAGCUGGCUUCGGAGUUCCUUCAGCGGGAUGUGAGUGUGUCAGAUCUCUUACGCAAGGCUUCUAUUUGGCUCGUGAGGUUAGAUUUUGUGUUAGAUUAUCCAAGACCUUUGAUGCCCAACAUGAUUUUCAUUGGAGGAAUGAAUUGCGCUCACAAGAAGCUGCCUCAGGUGGGUCAUUCUCUGUUUUCAAUUCUUGCUCUGGUAGACUUCUGUGUUUAUAAGAGUGCAAUUUUGUAUUGCGGAUAG